UUCCGGUCAUUGACUAUCCCUGCUGGAUGGUCCGCCAGAAGUGGUCAGGCUGUGAAUCCUUAUGCUCCAGGGCGAGACCCUUGUGGUUCGAGUAGUGGAUCUGCGAUAUCUGUGGCAGCAAAUAUGGUUACGGUGUCAUUAGGUACUGAGACUGAUGGCUCCCUCAUAUGCCCGGGGGAUCAUAAUUCUGUCGUAGCUAUAAAGCCCACCGUUGGACUAACUAGUCGAGCUGGUGUUAUUCCUCUUUCUCUCCGGCAGGACACGAUUGGGCCCAUAUGUAGAACAGUUUCUGAUGCUGCUUACGUGCUUGAUUCGAUUGUGGGUUUUGAUCCAAGAGACUCUGAAGCAACAAAAGCAGCAACCAAGUUCAUUCCUGCUGGAGGCUAUAAACAGUUCCUCAAUGAAGAUGGGCUCAGGGGAAAGACAUUGGGCGUGGUAAGAAAACCGUUCGUAGACCUUUCAAAUACAUCUUUAGCAAGUCAAGUAUUCGAGGGUCACCUCCACACAUUGAGGCAACUUGGUGCGAGAAUAGUUGAUUAUCUAGAUAUAGCGAAUAUUGAUGUCAUCAUGAACCCUGUGCUAUGUGGCGAGUCGUUGGCGUUGCUGGCCGAGUUCAAGCUGGGCAUAAAUGAUUAUCUAAAAGAACUAACUACUUCUCCAGUGAGGUCACUAGCUGACAUUAUAGCCUUCAAUACGAAUAAUCCUGAUUUGGAAAGGAUGGAAGAGUUCGGUCAAGAAAUUUUUCUUGCUGCAGACUUAACAAAUGGGAUCGGAGAGGAAGAGAAGAAGGCAGUCGAGAUGAUGAAGAAACUUUCUCAAGAUGGGUUUGAGAAGUUGAUGUUGGAGAACGAGUUGAACGCAAUGGUGACAUUGGGUUCGGAUGUU